UUUAAAACGAAAGUUUUAUCGCCAAGAGUUUUGUAUUUAAGUAAUAUCACAUUUUCUCCUUUAUCAAGAUAAUUAUUAUUCAAAUUCCACCUCCUAUUAUUGUAACGAUCAAAUCAUUAUAAUAAGAAUAAGAAGAUGACCAAUGACCCUGUUGGUUUUGUAAAUUAAGGUCCCUGUAGUCACAACCAGGUCCAGUAAGCAAUAAUUACAUGGACGUGAUUGCCAUGUACGUGGUUACCCACCUCCAAAAUGACAUCACUGUCCUCACCAAGCUCAUCAGUUGCUGUGCUUUCCAUCCUUCUGCUACCUUUAUGGACCAUGCCCACCAACUGUUCGACCAAAUUCUCCAACCAGACAUUGUGGUCUUCAACUCCCUGGCCUGUGGAUACUCCCGCUCCAAUGCCCCUCUUCAGGCCAUUUUGCUAUUUUCUGAUACACUAUGCUCUGGCAUUGUCCCUGAUGACUAUUCCUUCCCUUCUCUUCUCAAGGUAUGUGCAAGCUCUAAGGCAUUGCAAGAAGUUAAACAAUUGCAUUGCCUUGCUACCAAACUUGAUCUCAACCAUAACAUAUAUGUAUGUCCCACAUUGAUAAAUAUGUAUAGUGAGUGCAAUGAUGUGAACGCGGCUCGUGUCUUUGAUAAGAUAGCUGAGCCUUGUGUUGUUUAUUAUAAUGCAAUAAUCACAGGAUAUGCUCGAAGUAGUUGGCCCAAUGAGGCGUUGUCAUUGUUUCGCGAAUUGCAAGCGAGUGAUCUCAAGCCUACUGAUGUAACACUGCUUAGCAUACUUUCAUCUUGUGCUUUGUAAGGAGCAUUAGAAUUAGGGAGGUGGAUACAUGAGUAUGUGAAGAUACAUGGUUUUGAUAAAUAUGUAAAGGUCGAAACUGCUCUUAUAGAUAUGUAUGCAAAGUGUGGAAGCUUGGAUUAUGGCAUGAUGCAGUUUGCGAACAUGUCUGUAAGAGAUACACAGGCUUGGUCAGCCAUGGUUAUGGAAUAUGCAACUCAUGGGCAUGGUUUAUCAUUGUUUGAAGAAAUGAAGACCACGAGAGUGUGACCUGAUGAGAUUACAUUUUUGCGUCUUUUAAAAGCUUGCAGCCACACUGGCUUAGUAAGGGAAGGUUGUGAGUAUUUCUAUAGCAUGAGUGACAAGUAUGGGAUUAUUCUGGGUAUCAAGCAUUAUGGAUGUAUGGUGGAUUUGCUUAGUCGAGCUGGUCACUUAGAUGAGGCUUAUAAGUUCAUCGAUGGAUUACCAAUUUAGCCCACUCCCAUACUUUGGCAAACCUUGGUAUCUGCUUGUAGCAGCCAUGGCAAUGUAGAAUUGGCAAAGUGAGUGAUUGGAUGAAUUUUUGAAUUGGAUGACUCUCAAGGAGGAGACUGUGAUCUUAUCGAACUUGUGCGCAAGGGUUUGAGUUAAUCUUG